AAAAGCCAAUUCAUUCACUGAUGAAGGAAGAGGGGGAAAAAUACAGACCAGGAAGUGUUUGCACGGUGCAUAGCUGACGAUCAUUAGAAGAAACAGUUACAAACGAAGGAUAAAGUGUAAUUGUUUGUAAUAGAUUAAAUAAAAUACAUCAAAUCAUGGGUUUGGGUGAUCCAAAUAGUACGGAGCAGAAAGAUGUGGAGGCUGCACAGGAGGUGGAUCGAGUUAAAACUCUACAGUCUCAAGUGGAUGGGGUAAAGGAUAUUAUGACCCAGAAUGUUGACCGGAUCCUGGCCCGUGGAGAAAGGCUGGAUGAUCUGAUGGGCAAAUCUGAGGACCUGCAGGCUGGGGCCCAGAACUUCAAGCACACCUCUCAGAAGGUUGCUCGUGCUUACUGGUGGAAGAAUGUGAAGAUAAUUGUGGUUAUUAUUGUGAUCGUCAUCAUCAUUGUCCUGAUUGUCAUAUUCCUUGCUACUGGUGUGAUUCCAACCAGUUCACCUGCACCCAAACCUCUCACUGUGGCACCACCUUAGGGUUUUCAUCAGUUUCAACCUCUCACUCACACACACACACACAUACACGGAAAUAUGCACCCAUGCCCACAUACCGACACAGUCAUAAACUCUCACACUCACUUUAAUUUGCACAUUUUGCUCCUGUACCUUCAUACCCCAUGGUGUCUCAGCACCUUUUAAUAAGGUAGCAGAGCUUCCAUUAUGAAGGCUUCAAAACCUUUAAGUGUAAGGUUUUAAAUAGUCUAUAGAUACGAUGCCGUCUAUUGUCUUUACAUACUUCUCACCUCCCAAAAUAUAAUUCUAAUGGCCGCUUCUGCUGUCUUUAUGGUUCUCUAAAGCCUAUUUAAUAUUAAAUGCAAUAUUGUUCAGGUUCUUACAUACUGAAGGUGGCCUUAAAAUAAUCAUGUACUGUAUGCUGGCAUUGAAUUAGAGAAGGUAAUGGGUAAAAGUUCUGUCAGCUGAAUAAUGAAGUAUAUUUAAGACUGUUAGAUUAGAUUAUAGAGUACUUUCAGAUCUUCAAGAAUCUGUAUUUUGUAUUUAAUGGGUAACUGUGCCUUUGUUAUCUCUACAAGUAUGUAUGUCAUUUAUGAAAGGUCAAACAAGCAUGUGUUUUUGAAAAUGUUGGAAAAAAGUUUGUAUUACUCAAAACAAACUCUUUCCCUUAAGCAAAUUAUAAAAUUGUAAGAUGUUUUCUUUGGAGGUUUCCUUUCACAAAUCAUUACUGAACAUUGAUAGUGUCUGUAGAAUAGUCCCAAGCUCCAAAACAGAGACACAGCUUUUCCUCCAUCAAAAUGAAUGAAAGAGUUUUAUGGUACAAGAGCACCUGAACAAGGUCACAUAGUCUUGCUUCUGUCUUUUAAUAUAUAUAUAAUUAUUUUUAUAGAUAAAUGUGCUUAUUGUCUUUGCUGAAAAUAUAUCACUGCACUGAAUCCAUAACAUGCAGUCAGUAGUACUGUAAUUGUAAUUUGAGUGUACUGCAUCAAAAUUUGGGCCAAAGUUUGGCCUCGCUCAAUGGGACCUUUUUGAAACCCGAGACUUUACCCUGGAGAGAGAAUAAAGCAAGGAGGAAUAUUUUAGAGCCUGUGCUGUAGUGUCCACUUUACAGUUUUUAAGUUAAAAAGUGCUAACUCUAUUCAGAAUUUAGCCAGUGAAAAUAACCUCUGGAUGUACUAUAAUCUGCACCACUCACAAUUUCAGUCUUAAAUAGUUUCUUUUACAAACAGCUUUGGUGUUGUUGGCUGAUCUUAUUUUUAGUCUUAUUGGUAUUGUACACACACUGCUUUGGAGAGGUCAAAGUGUCGUCUGUUUGUGUUUGUUGAAAUUGGCUUGACUGUUUGAACAUUUGUAAACCGAAUCUCGUGUUGUGUCUUUUAACUUCUAUGAACUUCAUAUGUAAAGAUGUGUUUUUAUUUAAAAUCUUCCCAUAGCAUUGUAUGCAUUAGUCACCUUUAUUAUUAUGAACAAGAAAUGUAAUACAUUUGGAAUAUAGAGUCACUUAUCUACUAAAAAUAAUCAUUUUAAAUCAUUUAAAUGCCUUGAAUAUGAAUCCUUAUUAGAGGAGGGGAAAGACCUGUAAUAUUUUAGGAAUGCAAUGAUUCAUAAAUAAACAUUUGAUCUGUCAUUAAAACGAAUGAGUUUGGCA